CUUUCAAGAAUGGUUUGGAGCGUCAUUCGACAGUAUCCUCGAGAGGAGUGUAAUUUACCCAAAUAAUAAUGAUACGGAAAGCACCCUCUUCCUUCCCGCCUUCCCGACAACUUCUCUUGUCGGAAAAAGGCAGCGAGCUCAACGACAUGAGCGUCGGGACUCCUCCGAGAAGCUCUUCUGAUGUUAUGAAGUUCUGGGCAUUCAUCUGAUGCUUCAAAAAAGAUUACUUGAUGGAAUUGAACAGUCUAGUUGGGGCUCUGCGGCACUGCGGGCGCAUUCAAUGUCUCAGGCACGGAAAAUCAUUCCACUGUCACUUCACCAAACUGGGGUUGUCGACUGACGUGUUUUACGCCAAUAAUGUGAUAUCCAUGUACGUGGAGUCCAAUUCAUUGGGAGACGCAUGUCGCCUGUUUGAUGAAAUGUCUUUUAGAAAUAUCGUUACUUGGAGUACCAUGAUUUCCGCAUGCACUAGUGCCAGGGAACCUGUCAUUGCCAUCAAGAUGUAUAACCAGAUGUUGGAUUCAGAAGCUGAGGUGCCCAAUGGUUUCGUGUACUCAGCGGUUCUGAAAGCAUGCGGUCUCGCAGGGGAUAUGGAGUUAGGCAAGUCUAUACAUAAGAGUAUUCGGGGGGAUGAAUUGGGAUCGGACACAGUCUUAAUGAAUACCCUUUUGGACAUGUAUGCCAAAUGUGGGAGCAUGUGUGACGCUCGAAGAGUUUUUGAUGACAUUAAGGAGAAGACAUCGGUCUCGUGGAAUACGAUCAUUUCUGGGUACUGCAAAGAAGGUCUGAUGGAGCAGGCGUUGAGUUUAUUCCAUCAGAUGCCCAAGCGAAAUGUUAUCUCUUGGAACAGCAUAAUUGCUGGUUUUGCAGAUAAGGGCAGCCCACGUGCAUUGGAAUGCGUUAGCUUGAUGCAUCGACAAGGUUAUAAGCUGGAUGGAUUCACGUUUCCCUGUGCUCUCAAGACCUGUGGUUCUCUUGGCUUUAUUGCUUUAGGAAGGCAAGUUCAUGGCUACGUGGCUAAGUCAGGUUUCAGUUCUAGCUGUUUCUCCGCAUCAGCCCUGGUGGAUAUGUAUUCAGAUUGUGCUAAAUUGGAUGAUGCGAUUAAAGUCUUUGGUGAGUUCCUAAGUCAUGGAGUUUCUAUUCAUGAAAGCUUGGUGCUUUAUAAUUCCAUACUUUCAGGAUACGUUUCUGGUGGAAGAGAUGAAGCUGCUCUGAAAAUGCUUUCAGAAAUUCAUACUUCAGGAGUCCACAUGGAUUCGUACACCUUCAGCAGUGGUCUGAAGGCUAGCAUCAACUUAAUGAACUUGAAACUCGGGCUUCAAGUGCAUGGUUUAGUAACCACUAGCGGCUAUGAGUUAGAUUACGUAAUUGGUAGCAUUCUUAUCGAUCUUUAUGCAAAGCACGGAAAUCUUGAAGAUGCAUUAGGACUAUUUUACUGUCUUCCAAGAAAGGAUAUUGUUGCCUGGUCAGGUUUAAUUAUGGGUUGUGCCAAAAUGGGUUUGUAUUCAUUAUCCUUUUCACUGUUUAAAGAUAUGAUUAGUUUAGGUGAAUAUGUGGAUGAGUUCAUCAUUUCAAGUAUUCUGAAAGUUUGUUCUAGUUUGGCAUCAAUUAGAAGCGGCAAACAGGUUCAUGCUUUUUGUGCUAAGAGUGGGUAUCUAUCGGAUGGUGUUGUGGUCACAUCUCUCAUUGAUAUGUAUACGAAAUGUGGCGAAAUCGAUGAUGGCUUAGGAUUAUUUAACAGCUUGCUAGUGAGGGACACUGUGUGCUGGACUGGGAUUAUUGUUGGUUGUGGGCAAAAUGGAAAAGCCCACGAAGCUCUGAGGUUAUUCCAUGAAAUGAUGGGAACUGGACUGGAGCCGAAUGAAGUCACCUUCUUGGGUGUUUUAGCUGCCUGCAGACAUUCUGGUCUGGUUGAGCAGGCAAGGACUGUAUUCAAUUCCAUGGAGAGAGAAUAUGGAGUAAAACCUCAGUUUGAGCAUUAUUACUGUAUGGUUGAACUUCUCGGUCAAGCUGGGCAUUUGAAUGAGGCAGAGGAGUUGAUUUUUGCUAUGCCAAUGAAGCCUGAUAAAACCAUAUGGGGCUCAUUGCUUGCAGCUGCUGGAAAUCACAAGAACGCAGAAUUAGUCAAUAGAGUAGGUCAGCGCCUUCUUGUACUGCUCCCCAAGGAUCCUUCGGUAUAUGUCAUGAUUUCGAAUGUCUAUGCAACUUUAGAAAUGUGGGAUAGUUUGAGCAAAGUAAGGGAGCACGCAAAGAAAGCUGGGGCAAAGGAAGCUGGAAAGAGCUGGGUCGAGAUGGCAUAGUAGGCAAUCUUGAUUUAAUAUGGUGUCAUGAGAUCUGCAUGCAUGUUGCCUAAAAUUUGAUGUCAAGCUUUGGAUUUCGAAUCCUAGUUUAUUAGCAGAUGGAUGAAAUUCUGAAGGUGCAGAUAGUUUCAGGAUGCAUCAAACUACGUAAAUUGUCGGACCGACGAUUGUACAGGCUGAAACUGCCUAUCUAAUCCCAGAUCUGAACA